GACGUGAUAUUCUUUAACAGUGCAUUUUUCUGGUCUAUUACAAAAUUGACUUUCUGAACCGUAAGCAAUGAAGCAAUAAGCUCCGUCCUAGCUUGCAAUUCCAAGCGAUAAGGGUAUAAUUUGAGCAAGCGAGGGACAGAGAUCUUCACCAACAAACGAAAUGAAGCUCUACAAAAUUGAUCCUCCUCCUCUCUCUGUUCUCAUGAUCUUCAUGGCGAUCCUUACAGUGAUAGUAACCAGUUAUAGAGCAUCCGCCCAAACAGAGGAAUAUUACAACUGUCGAAACACUACAUUUUUCUCUUCCAAUAGUUCCUAUCAAACCAAUCUCGACCAUCUCCUUUCAUGGCUUUCCACAAAUUCCACCCGCCAAAACGGUUUCUACUAUGCCGCCGCCGGAAACUCCGAUAGCACUGUCUACGGCGCCUUCCUCUGCCGUGGCGAUCUCACCCCCGAUGCCUGCCAUGACUGCGCUUCCGUAGCGGCCAAACAAAUACUCCGAAGGUGUCCUUUAGAUAAAAAGUCAGUGAUCUGGUUCAACGAGUGUAUGUUACGUUACUCAGAUGAGCCUUUCUCCUCCGUCAGUGAAGAAGCCCCCAGGCUUAUUUUGAUGAAUACUGCGGCAAGCUUAAACCAGAGUAGCUUCAUGUCACUGUUGGCUGAGACUAUCAACGCGGCGGAGACGCAAGCCGUAAAGGGCGGGGCUGACAAGAAGUUUGCUACAAAAGAAGCCAAAUUUUCUACUUUUCAAACGCUGUAUACGCUAGCACAGUGCACGCCGGACUUAACAGAAACUACCUGCGAAACAUGCUUAAAACGAGCAAGUUCGACCUUACCCAGUUGCUGCAAUGGAAAAAUAGGGGCCAGAGUCCUGCAAACUAGUUGUAUUGUCCGAUAUGAAACGUACCCGUUCUACCAAUCAUCGCCGGUGAUCACCCCGCGAGAACCAACGCCAAAAGGAAAAACCCGGAUCUCUGUAGCCGUAGUCCUCGCGAUUGUGGCUCCAAUUACGACUGUUUUGCUGCUUUUCCUCCUUCUCUGCUGGUUAGGAACUAGAAGGGCAAGCAAGAAGCACAUAUUAGUGCCGCCAGCUGAAGAAAACGAUGUUGAAAUUUCCAGUGUGGAGCACGUGCAGUUUGAUCUGGAAACAGUCAGAUUGGCCACAAACAACUUCUCCCAUGAAAAUAAACUAGGCGAAGGAGGAUUUGGUGAGGUUUUCAAGGGAUCUCUUCCUAAUGGGCAAGAUAUUGCAGUGAAGAGGCUUUCAUUAAGCUCCAGGCAAGGUGCAGAAGAAUUCAAGAAUGAGGUGGUCUUAGUGGCCAACCUUCAACACAGAAACCUUGUUAGGCUAUUGGGGUUUUGCUUGGAUGGAGAAGAGAAGAUCCUCAUAUAUGAGUUCAUUCCCAACAAGAGCUUGGAUCAUUUUCUUUUCAAUGAUGAAAGAAAAAUUAUGCUCAAUUGGCCAAAACGAUACAAGAUCAUACAAGGAAUUGCUCGCGGAAUACUUUACCUUCAUGAAGACUCUCGGCUUAGAAUCAUACACCGUGAUCUUAAAGCUAGUAAUAUAUUAUUAGAUGAGAAUUUGAAUGCAAAAAUUGCAGAUUUUGGUAUGGCAAAAAUUUUUGGUGCUGAUCAAACUCAAGGAAAUACAAAUAGAAUUGUGGGAACCUUUGGUUAUAUGCCUCCGGAGUAUGCAAUGCAUGGGAAUCUGUCUGUCAAAGUGGAUGUAUAUAGCUUUGGCGUGUUGAUUUUGGAAAUAAUAAGCGGACAAAAGAGCACAUCCUUUCAAGAACCCAACUACGAUGAACAUCUCCUGAACUAUGCCUGGAGGAAAUGGAAAGAUGGGACGCCGUUGGAAGUGUUAGACGUGAGUUUGAGAGAUUCUUAUAAUAGAGAGGAAGUGAGAAGAUGCAUCCAGAUUGCAUUAACAUGUGUACAAGAAGAUCCAGCUCAAAGGCCAACAAUGCAGACAAUAGUUCUGAUGCUCAAUAGUUACUCAGUUAGCGUAGCAAUACCUGAGAGACCUCCAUUUUUGGUUCACAGCAGAACUGUUGAGAUCAGCCUUCCAUCGAACUCCACAGAUAAGUCUUCUCAAAGCAGAUCAGCCCCAUACUCUGUUGACGAAGCUUCCAUCACUCAAGUGUACCCUCGAUAGCUUAUCUGUUGUUCUGUUUACCAACAUGUGGAUUGUGGAGAUUCGUUUGGAUUCCUAUGUAAGAUCAGAAUAUUAAUAGCGAAAAAAGCAUCUGUCCACUUCUUAGCAGAAUAAAAGAGAUCCGAAUUUAUUAGCUGAUA